UGCCCGUCUGUUCUUCUCUCCGGUUUUGUGGCCAAUCAGGAUGAACAAUGACAAAAACUGAACCAAUCACAGUGCUGUUUUGUACGGAUCAGAGUUCAGAGUUCACCACUACUUCCUGUAUCCAAUAACGGCGUGCAAAUCGUCGUUGAAGCUCAUACAGAAUCAAAAUGAGUUUACCACUGAAUCCCAAACCGUUCCUGAACGGUCUGACUGGCAAGCCCGUGAUGGUGAAGCUGAAGUGGGGCAUGGAAUACAAAGGAUACCUGGUGUCCGUGGACAGCUACAUGAAUAUGCAGUUGGCCAACACUGAAGAGUAUGUGGAUGGAGCAUUGGCCGGUCACCUAGGAGAAGUGCUCGUCAGAUGCAACAAUGUCUUGUUCAUUAGAGGGGUAGAAGAGGAGGAGGAGGAUGGUGAAAUGAAAGACGUUUGAUAGAUGCAUGCUACUGCAAGCUUCUUUUUGAUGUCUGGUUGCUAAUCUUGUUUGUUGAUUUGUUGCCAUUUUUUUAUGAAAACAUCUGAGAAGUAGUUGUCUUUUUAUAUGAUGAUGAAGCAAGCUGUUGUGCCCCUUUUGAGCACAAGGAUAAUAAAAUUGUGCAUAUUGCACUUUUCAGUAA